AGCGCUGCUGUCACUCCCAAACUCACUCGUCAUGAUGGCUGCCGUGUGGCGAGCUCGCGUAUUUGCCCGCUCUGUCGUCCGUUUCUCUGAUCGUGAUUUGUAAAAUAUUCGUUGAAAGCACGUCUUUAAAAGCGACAUUAUAAGAGCUCGCAAAAUAACUUGUUAUGGCUGAAAUCAACCAAAAUACUGAUGGCACUGUUGAAGAAGUGGAAGAUGAAAAUUCAGAGGAUACUAAUAUUCAAAUGGAGCUCAGUGCUUUCCGGGCCAAGUGGAUGUCCGAGCUUCAGCCUUCAGGUGGGAGGAGGAGCCUCCAGAAAUCUGCUGAGCUGAAGAGGAGACAGGAAAUAGCUAAAGAGGAAAAGGCCCGAGAGCUGUUCCUGAAGGCAGUCGAGGAAGAGCAGAAUGGAGCGGUUUAUGAAGCCAUCAAGUACUACAAGAGUGCGAUGCUGCUGGUCCCGGACAUUGAGUUUCGGAUCAACUACAGCAGAACUCCUGAUCCGGACCGGAGUGGGGGCUACUUGGAGGACAACGAGAAGGACCGCGAGAUUGACGAUCUGCUGACCUACUUCCAGCAGCAGCUGAUGCUGGGCUGCGACACCAUGAAGCUGUGUGAGCCGGACACAGACACGUCACAGGUGCACAUCUCAGCUUUGCCCUUCGAGGUGCUCAUGUAUAUCUUCCGCUGGGUGGUGUCAUGUGACCUGGACCUUCGAGCCCUGGAGCAGCUCUCAUUGGUUUGCAGGGGUUUCUAUAUCUGUGCAAGGGACCCUGAGAUUUGGCGCUCUGCUUGUUUGAGGGUGUGGGGGCGAAGCUGCACCAAAAUGCUGCCGUUUUCAUCCUGGAGAGAGAUGUUUUUGGAGAGGCCACGUGUGCGCUUUGAUGGUGUUUACAUCAGCAAAACCUCAUACAUCCGUCAGGGGGAGGAGUCUCUGGACGGCUUCUACAGGGCUUGGCACCAGGUGGAGUAUUACAGGUACCUGCGCUUCUUCCCUGACGGUCAGGCGAUGAUGUUGACCACCCCCGAGGACCCGUUGGCCGCCGUCCCAAGGCUGCGCAGCAAGAACUCCAGGAUGGACUCCAUCAUGCUUGGCCAUUAUCGGCUGUCCCAGGAUACAGACAAUCAAACCAAAGUUUAUGUUGUUGUCUCCAAGAGGAAAGAAGAGAAGGUGUCCGAGUACCAGAGGGGCCGGUUCUGCAGGCGGAACCCAGUUCCCGACGCCGAGCGCUCGUUUCACGUGGGACUGCAGCUGUCCUCUGGGGGGCGCCAGCGCUUCAACAAGCUGGUGUGGAUCCACCAUUCCUGCCACAUCACCUACAGAUCCACCGGAGAGACCGUCGUCACUGCGUUUGAUGUGGAUAAGAUGUACACGCCUCUGUUUUUUGCACGAGUCAAGAGCUUCACCGCCUUCUCAGAGCGCCCUCUGUAGGACGACCCCGGCGAUGCAUGACGGAAGCCGACCUUUGAUCUUUCUCCUAGAUGAAUGUACAAGAAUCGUGUGAGAUUUAGUCUUAACUGCAGCUCAAAGCAUUAUAUUUUGUUCUCAUGGAUAGUGUAAGAGAUCUGUCACGCUCUUAUUGUAAAGAUACAAAUACUAUAUAUAGAGAGAGAGAUCGUCUUUAUGAGGUUUGUGAUGAAUGUUCACUUUGUUUGUGUGGAUUUCAGUGAGGGAACAUGCCUACUGACAACUGGAUCACCCAAAUAAAUCAGAUGUGAUGUGUUCUGCUUGCUUCUCAUUUACAUAUCUACAUAAUGUUCAAAUCAAAACACUUUUUCUUUCUUUAUUACUCAUUCCUGGUCUUCAUUUUGCUGAUGAUGUCACUAAAAUGCUCCUCUCUAAGCACUUCAUUCUGGUCAUGAUUCUUUCUCUUCCUAUCAGAUCAAAUCUAUAUUUUUCAGCAGGAGACACUUUCCGCCACUGAAUAAUAAAUACAAUAAUAAUUGCAUGACGUAGAGUCGCAAUUAUCUUUUAAGUGGUGUUAUCCCGUGGCGGAAACGAGCUUCUAUACUUCGGUCAUAAUAAAAGCUGAUGUUACUCAUAAAUAACAAAAUAAUGCAUUUAUCUGUAAACUGGGUAAAAUAUAAUAAAUAAAUUCAGCUCCA